CCACUGGGCAUCUCACAAGACAUUCACCUCCAGCCUUGUUCAGAAGCAAGUAACACUAAGACAUCAUGGCCAUCCUUAAGCGUGGAAGAAGAACCCAUGCCAGAAAAUCCCAUGCCAGAAAAACCAGUGCCAAAAGAUCUCACGGCAAGACAACCCAUGCCAGAAAGACCCAAGGCAGAAAAACCCAUGGAAGAACAACCCAUGGAAAGACAACCCAUGAAAGUACAACCCAUGGAAAGACAACCCAUGAAAGUACAACCCAUGGAAGGACAACCCAUGGAAGGACAACCCAUGGAAGAACAACCCAUGGAAGAACAACCCAAGGCAGUGAAAGGAGGACUCAGGGGACUCGGAGCCAGCCUACAACAGGACACAAGCGCAGAUACCACUAUUACUACAGGAGAACGCGGGUGUAGAGGCAUGAAUAAGCGGCCUGCUCCUGGUGACCCCGAAAUGAACUUCUCCCCUGACCUGUCCUCUAGUAUCCAAGCUGACCUCCGACCUUUAUAACCGGUCACCAAAUCCACCAUAGGAAAUAAAGACCCUGAGCAGA